AAAAUUAAUGGCGGUUAACGACAACUGACAUUUCUCAUAUUCAGUCAACAAACGACGCUAUUUUGAUUUCAAUCGCAUAUCCAAUCGUGUAUUUUGUAAGAAAAAAUGCUGUGAAUUUUAUAGUUUAGGGCUAAAUAUAACUUAAUUUCUGUUAUUGUGUUACUGUCGUAAUCUAACCACAAAAUGACUGGGAGAGCUAAAAAGGCCGCAGUGCCGAAGAAAAAGGCUAAUGGAUAUAAAAUGCCAGCUCCUAUUGCUACUGGCGAAAUAAUACAUGAUACUACCAUGAAGAAGAAAUGGCGCAUCGGACCUUCCAUAGGAGUUGGGGGCUUCGGAGAAAUUUAUUCUGCGUGUGAUCAUGAUAGUACGCCGAAAGGUUCUAACUAUCCUUUUGUCGUUAAAAUUGAACCUCAUGAAAAUGGACCAUUGUUUGUGGAGAAACAUUUCUACAUCAGAAAUGCGAAAAUGGAUGACAUAACGUCAUUCAUGAAAAGCAAGAAACUGUCAAGCCUCGGGAUGCCCUCUUAUUACGGCAAUGGUUCACAUGACUAUAAGGGGGAGAAAUACCGAUAUUUGGUGCUGGAGCGCUAUGGCAAAGACCUGUGGAGUCUGUUCACUGAUAGCGGGAGGUCUUUCCCAGCGACAGCUGUGUUUCAAAUUGGCUUGCAGAUGUUGGACGUAUUAGAGUACAUCCACAGCCGCGGCUACGUCCAUGCUGACAUCAAAGGCGCCAAUAUCCUGCUAGGGCUGAAGAAAGGCACAGAAAACCAGGCGUACUUAGUGGACUUCGGCUUGGCCACGAGAGUCAAUGAUAAAGAGUUCAAACCUGACCCGAAGUGUGCGCAUAAUGGAACUAUAGAGUAUACUAGCAGGGAUGCGCAUAUGGGAGUGGCCACAAUGCGCGGCGACCUUGAGAUCCUAGGUUACAACAUGCUGCAGUGGCUGGUCGGAACCUUGCCUUGGGAGAAGUCGCUUAAACAGCCCAAGGCUGUUCAGGAGAUGAAGGAAGCCUUCAUGAAGAGUGUGAAGACAAGUAUCGCGAAGCUGAACGGCAAUGUACCUGAUGCCCUAAUAAAAUUCUUCGAAUACAUAAACACGUUGAAGCCGAAAGAGGUGCCGAACUACACGAAAUGCCGCCAAAUCUUCGAAACCUACCUCAAGAGCCAGGGCGUCACCAGAAACAGCAAACUCGUCUUCACACCCACCAAAAAAGCGAAUACUUCUGCUAAAACCAUCACCGUUGAUGAUAAAAGUGAUGAGGAACCUGUGAAAAAAUCGCCAAAGAAGAAAACAGACGCUAAAGUUGUCAAAAAAAGGAAUCCCAACCAUAAACAACCUAGAACUGCAGAAAACGGAGAAAACGAGGAACCCAAGGCAUCAGAAACCAAAAAGAAAGCCAAGAGAAAGUCAACGGAACCCUCGCUUCUCGUCAAAGUUAAAAAACCUAAAUUAACUCCAAAGGCCACGCCGCCUGUUAAGAAAAACCACAUAAAUAUAGCGACGCAAACAUCUUUAGAGAAACGGCGUAGCCCGCGUGUGGUCUCCUUCGAUAGUCCUAUAAGUUUAGUGAUAGAAGACAAGAUACCGUUAAAGAGAUCUAAAGAGAAUGAGCCUAAGAAUACUAGCGCUGACAUGUUCGAGGAGUCUUUUGAGGAGAAAAAGCCUAAGAGGAGAGAGAAAAUACUCGUGUCCGAUGAGGAGUAUACGGAGAAGAGAGUGGUAAAUAAGAAAGUGACCACAGUAAAGCCUAAAGGGAGGUCGUGGAAAAAUGCCCCGACCGUUAUGAACGGUCGGUCGCCACCCAAGUAGUAUAAUAGUCGACAAA